CUUUCAAUUUUGCAGUCGUUGUUCGGGAGCUUUUUUACAAUCAACCAGUACGGAGGAAACAAAUGCAAUCUAGUGAGAAAAGAGAACUACAUCAUGUGAAGAAGUGUGUCCUUCAAAUUGCGCUUAUUCAUCCACAGAUUUCACUCAGACUGCUUGAUAAUGACAGCGAAGAUGAGCUGCUAUACACAGAAUUUUCUUCAUCCCCUUUGCCUCUUAUAUCAAAAACUUUUGGGGAUGAUAUCUCCAGAUGUCUCCAUGAGAUAACUGCCUCUGACCAGGGCUGGACUCUUUCAGGUCAUAUAUCUGGGCCUGCAGAUGUGUUUUGUACGAAGGAUGCCCAAUACUUGUGUAUCCUCCUCGCCAACCCACUGUUAUAUACUUGCUAUUUGCUAUCUUCAAAUUCUUGGAGACAUCCUUGACUUUUCAAAGAUAUCAACUCAAGAUUUGUGAAUAGGAACCCGAUUUAUAAUAUGAUUUUCAAAUAUAUC